AUGUCACAUGAUGAUGUUAAUAUGGCAGCCGGGCCUUCGGGAUUGCAACCAGAUAAAAUGAAAAAGAAAAAGAAAAUGACACCUAAACGCCCGAAAGCACGAUCUUUCUCGACAAGUUCCAGUGAGACUAAGAUAAGUCUGGCUUCAUCAACUGAAGACAGGAUUACUAUGUCAGAUAACGAGUUAGUUGAUUCAGAGCUCGAAGAUGAAAUGGAUGUGUCACGACAUCUGAAACGAAACACCAAAAAACCUCAAAAGAAGUUUCCUGCUAAUGAUAUAAAAUUAGUAGUGACCACCAAAAAAACACGAAACUUGGUUCCUGUUCAACUUAAAGAUAUAACCAACGCUGACCGACUUCAAACCAAAACAACCGAGAAAACCGAGUUCAAAGAAAAUAUUGGAGCUGGUGAUCAUGUUAUAGUACAGUGGAACCAACAUUUUUAUCCUGGUGAGGUAAUAUCAUUGUCUGAGGAGGCAGUCCUUGUUAGAUGUAUGAAGAAAGGAAAAGAGUUUUGGCGGUGGCCUGUUAUCAAGGACGAACAACUAUACAGGCACGAAAAUAUAGUUCAAAAAAUCGGUUUUACUAAAUUCGUGAAAAAAGGCUGUUUCUUUGUUCCGGAGAUUGAUAAAUAUAAGUAGAAACCUAUCUUCUCUUAGGCUAAAAUUUAAAUAAGAAAGUUAUAAACCGAACAAUGUCAACGAUGA